UUUGGACGCGUUGGAUUCUCUCUUGUUGUUAACACUUGUCUUGGAGGGUUGUUGUUGUUGUUUUUUGUUGUUGUUUUUGAGCCAGAAGUUCAUCUUUGUGAUUGCCAGCCAUGGGAGCAGAGAGCUCAGUGCAGCUGGACGGGAAGAGCCGGGAGGAUGCCUCAGCCUCAGCCUCAGCCUCCGCUCCAGCCUCCGCCUCCGCCGGGGAGCUGCAUGCGCUCCAGGAGGGGAGCAGCGUCCUCGACAGCAAGCCUUUAGAGAAAAAUGGACAAAUCUCCAGCAUAACCAGUCUGAAUGGACACUCAGAGGACAACACGCUGGCAGAAGUUGGCCAGCCUGAUGGUGUGGCUCAGAAAGAGGAGGCUCCUGAGACGAUGGACACCAUCCAGGGGGAAGUGGCUCCACAAGUAAAUGGCGAGAAAGUGGAAAAAGACUCUCCUGAUGCCAAUGACAUCUCAGCUGUUGAGGAAAAAGCAGCGGAGGAGAAACCCGAGGAUGCCAGUGAAGUGGGCUUCAAGAAGAUUUUCCGCUUUGUGGGCUUUAAGUUCACACUGAAGAAAGACAAAAGUGAGGAGAAAGAUCCUGUGAAGCUAUUGACAGUCAAAGAUAAAGAAGAAGAAGGACAGGAGGUUGGUGUGACUGAUGAACCUACAAAGAAGGAAGAAGCUGCCACUGCCGAGGAGAAGAGCUCCACUAAAGAAAAGGAGGCUGAUACAGAGGCAUCUACUGCUGAGGCUGAAGCCAUUAAAACUGACCAAUCUGAAACCAUCAACACCCCGGCUGAAAAUACAACUGCUGAAGCUGCUGAUGAAGGAGCUGAGAAGGAAGGAGAGACCACCAUGUCCCCCUUCAGGAAGCUCUUCAGCGGAGGACUUUUCUCUCACAUGAGAAAAAAAGCCAGCAUCAAGAAGCCAAAAGAGGAGGAAGACAAGGAGGCAGCUGUUGAGGAGGAGACACCUAAGACAGAAGAUGCUGCUGCUGCAGAAGAAAAGGAGGAGAAAGAUGAGGUUGACCAAGAAACUAAGGAGGAGGCAACUCCAGAGGAAGUGAAAGCAGAGAGUACCCCGGAGCCAGAGGUCAACGUUGAAACCCCUGCAGCAACUACCGAUGAGACCAAAGCAGAACCGAGUGCAGAAGAGGAGAAGGCUCCGGCAGAAGUGACUACUGAGGCCGAGCUGCUAUCAUCACAAGAGAAAGCCAAGCCCCAGGGAAGCCCCCUGAAGAAGCUUUUCACUGGAGCCGGCUUAAAGAAGCUCUCAACUAAGAAACAGAAGGCCAAGAAAGACACUGAGACGAAGCUCACUGAGUCUGGGGAGCUUCAAUCCUCCACUGAGUCGGCAGAGAAUCCAAAAGCUGACAGCGGGCCCUCCUCUCCAGAGGGAGAGCAUGUUAUUGCUGCAGAGGUGACCCAGAAUGAGUCGAGGCAAGAGACUGAUGGAGAAGUUGCCUCUGAUGGAGAGAAGAAAAAAGAGGGCAUCAUUGCCUGGUCCUCCUUCAAGAAACUAGUCACACCCAAGAAGCGUGUGAAAAGGUCCUCUGAGAGCGAAGAUGAAGCCACGGGUGAGAAACCAGCAAAGUCAGCCACCCUGUCCUCUUCAGAGAGUGCCCCAUUAGCAGAUAAGAGUGUUGAGGAGGAGGCCAAGGAGGAUAAAACAACCGAGGAGGAACCAAAGACCGAAAACACCGAGAAACUGGUCAGCAGCACAGAGGAGCCCAAAAAGAAAAUGGACACUUCAGUCUCCUGGGAGGCUCUAAUGUGUAUGGGUGGGCCCAAAAAGAAGACGAGGAGGACCUCUGAUUCUGACGACGAGGAGACCAAGGUUGAAGAGGAAUCGGCAGCGGCAGCAGCACCAGCACCAGCGAUAGAAGAGGAGCAGGUGGGCAAAACUGAGGCUGCCAUUGUUAGUUCCCAAACCACAGAUAGUGAUGGGGAAGUUGUUUCCUCCACUGAACCUAUAAGCCCCCUUCCUGAGAAAGAGUCCACUUGGGGCACACUGAAACGCAUGGUUAUGCCAAAGAAUAAGGUCAAAGCAGAGGAAAAGCCAGAGGAGACUACAGAACAAGUCCAGUCAGACAGUGAAGCACCAAAAGAUGAGUCGUCUUUCUCUUUGAGGAAGCUCUUCCCCGGACGCAGAAAGAAGAAGGCCGAAAAACAAGCUUCCACUGAACAGGGUGACGAGGACUCUGACACCCCAGCUGUGGUUCCUCUCUCAGAGUAUGCAGAACAGGUUGAAGCUGUAGAGGAAGCGCCAGCCAAACCUGCCGAGGUCCAGAUUACGGUAUCCAAUGAAGAUAGAGCUCCUUCAUGGAUCCCAGCUGUUGUCAAAGACGGUGACGAUAACCACGAUCAGCUGAGUGACAUUCCAGAGGAGGCGGAGAAUGCUGCCACGCCAAAGUCUGUUGAUACCGACAUCGCAGAGGAUGAAACUGAGGACAAGGAAAAUCUCUCUCUCGAAGUUCCCAAACACACAGGGUGCAGACUGUCCACAGCUGAGGUAAAGCUUUUUACUCCAGCUUCAUCUGCACAAACUACUCCUGUUCCUCAGGGACCCGCGCCAGAGAACGCACAGGAGGUUAUGGAGAGCAUCCAGGCCGAAAUAAGUGGAAUUCCACUCCAGACAAAUGUGGCUGUUGAAGACGUACCAGUUGAGGCAGCUUCUGGUGAAACAGAGUACGAACCACCAACUGAAAAUGUCGAGUCAAAGACAUGCACCACCCUGGAGCUGCAUGCUCUUGAUGAGGCCGUGGCUAUCUGCACUGGCCUUGGAACCGAGGAGAUUGCCAAAGUGGCCUUGGAGAAACCUGUGACGCCCAUCGUAGAGCCUGUGGUCGUGACCCAUGAUGGUGUAGUGACAGAGGUGUCACUGGAAGAGAAGUCAGAAAGUACAGAACAAGUCAUCGUUGAAGAAAAUGCCAUUAUCAAUGCCGAAGUGCACCAAGUGGAAACCACCGAGCUUGGGUCUGUUGUUGAAAGUUCACAGAGUGACAUGUCAGCCAGUCAGAGCCAUGAACCCGAGAUUGAGAAGAUUGUAAUCAGCGCUGUUCAGGUGUUUUCUCAAAUGAUUCAGCCUCCCACCAUGAACUCUCCUAAGGAUGCCGUUACACCAACACGUGAAACAGCUGUUUGCACACAGAGCGUCGAAGUCACCGAGCCAUCUGUGGAAACCAAGGAGGUGGAAAUGGUUCCGGAGCAGCUUGCGCCAGCGAGUGUGGCAGCUUCAGACAUGGUUGCCAUGGAAAUGACAUCUGAGGCAGUCGUCGAUGAAUCGGUCCAGAUGCAGGAAACCAAGGAGGAGGGUGAAGUUGAAGAGACCACUCAAACAGCAACGUCAGAGAUCAGUGCAGUCACCGAGCAGUCCAGCAACGAUACGAAGGAAGCUACGGUCGACGUCCAGCAGACCAGUGAAAUUGAGGCUCAGAGCAUCGUCAUUGCCCUGGCUGUCAUUCAGGAUGCCGUGGAUAAAGUUUCAGAAGAAGUGCCUGAGUCGGAAACGCCCACCAUCACGACACCAGUCCAGGCUGUAGCAACAAUAGAGGAGGAGAUUGCCAUGGAGGUCAUUGACCCAAUGCCAGUAGAGGUCACAGAGAGCCUUGAGGUAGAGGAGAAGAAGGUAGUGAAAAAGUUGCAGAAAGCUAGAGAGGUCAAAGUAAGUGAAGAGAUUGUAGUGGAAGAAGUUGAAGAGAUAAAGGCAGAGAGUCAGACAGGCGAGGAGCUUGAACAGGUGAAGGAGGAACAGAGCAAAGAAGACGAAGAGGUUCAGGAAUCAAGUGUAAAAGAAGCAGCUGAGGAAGUCGAACCACAAUCAGAGGAAUCCAAGUCAGAGCAGGACAGAGAGAAUGUGCUUGAGAUGCACAUGCCAGUCCAAGUGGUGCUGCAGACAGCGCAGGUGCUUGAGGAGGCGUCAGUGGAAGAAGAGGCGGCGGUCGAGUUUGACUGCAACGGUUCUGUGGCUGAAACCGAAAGCAAACUCUCGGCGCUGUCAGAAGAACCCCAAGAGACGGCUUCAGCGGAGGUUUCCGCUCCGAGCCAAGUCACUGAGGCCGAGGCACCGGUAACACCGUCGGGAAAGUGCGCAGAAGUGAUGGCGCAGGUGAUGGAGGUGAUCGAGGAGGCCGUGAAGGAGAUCGAGCCGGUGUCCACGGAGAUCACGGCAUCAUCAUGAGCAGUUGCACGUACAAGGCUGAUGCCUGGGAGACACACUGUUCCGGGAAGUGAGUGAUGAGGGAGCGAGAGAGAUAAAAGAGAGAGAGAGGCUGCUCUGUGGUAAAACACAGAAGGACUGAGUGAUUGAGCAACACGCUCCACCAUUCUCUCUACCUCCCUUCCACCCUGCAGCCCUGUCACCACAACGUGACGUCCCACCUCCAUUUCCUCAUCCACUCACUCUCACACACACACACACACACACACACACUUACUUACGCAUGUCAUGUGCCUCAGAAGCAUCCCAUUCGGCUUGUAAUCAGUGUGAUGUAUGUUCGGUAUCUCGGCCCCUUUCCAUAGUCCUCUCUGCAUACGACCCCCAGGUCGAGUGUGUAUCUGUUCUUUUGUGUGUGUGUGUGUGUGUGUGUGUUUGUCCGUGUAUAGUAGGGAGAGUGAGAUAGUGUCAGAAGGUGAAGAGAUGGAGGAUUAUUAUCGUGUAUAUUGUAUUUAUAUUUGGGUAUUCUUUCAUUCAUCUGUAAUUUUUUUGUUUUUUUGUUCGGACAUUGUUGCCUUGAUGGUUUUUUAAUUCCCACAUUAAGCUGUGAUACAUCGGGUAUUCUUUUGAGCAACAUUAUGACUAAAUUUAACAAAACAAAUGUGAGACUGUUGCAUGCAAGUGGCCAGUGUAUCACAGCUUCUAAUAGUCAUACUCAAUGAUUAUUUUAAGACUCUGUAGCAAUUAACUACAAACUAAACCAUGGUACAAGUGCGUCCACUGACAGUUAGUGAUGACACAGCAGAAAACAAAAAGAGGGCAGAGAGUGUGAUGAUAUCACCACACAUGCGUCACACAUUCUCUUGCCACAAUGUGUUUUCACUCUGCACCACAACAAAAAUACUUAAUAAGCUUCAUGUGGAUAAGACCAUCAAUCACUGCCUGAUAAACUGUGAAAAAUACAUUGUUACACAUUGUUUCAUGAAAUAAUACAAUAAAAUACUAUUUUAACACCCUCAUUUGAUAAUGCUGCAGAGAUAUUUGGUAAACAGUGACAUUCAAAGGAUACAUUAGCCAUUUUUUGACACUGGGGGAGUCAGACUGGGUAGAGACGGGCGUGUUAGGAACACUUACAGAGCCUAUCAUGCGUCAGUGUUUAAAGGCCAUGUUUCUGUUACAUACUGUAUGUAUUAUUUGCGUCUGGCAAAUUAACAUUUAACACCUUCCUUACUACACUAUAUUUAAAUGUAUUGAUUAAAGUAAAGACAGUUUGUUGAUGCCCUCUGGUGCCUACAAAAAGUAGUGCACCCUUUAGUUUUCAGUUGAUGGUGACGUUUGGGCUUCGACUGGGUGAUUAAAUAUGAAAAUGUUCAAUGCAGUCUGAGGGUACCUGCUCUUAUGUCAUGUUCUUCACUCAGCAUGAUUGUUCAGGUUAAAUAAUCUGGCACUGUUAGAGAGGCACAUACACUGACUGCAUGGUGCCAGAAUAAAGAUAAACUCAUUCUACCUUUAAUUUAAAAGCCAAAUUGAGUUAGGCUCAAUCAUGGAGUCACGGUCUUUUCAUUGCUCACAGAAUAAGACACAAGUUGCAUCUAAUUUAACUCCAGAGCAUCAACUCAGCUGCUUCGAGUCACACGUAAAACCUAGGUCACAAGGUCAGGCCUUAUGUUGCAAGUCCAUUGGCAAAGUGGAAGAUGUUUUCAGGUGGAGGAACAUCCGAAACAUUUCUGGGGUCCAGUUUGACCACCAUAGUGACCGUGAGCUACACUUGCAUUUGUUUAUGUCCUUACACAUUUUGCAAACCUGCAUUGUGUCAGUCAUUCAGCCAUAUUUAGAAACAUCUGCGAGUGCUUCUGUGAUAAUUUUAAUUUGACACGAGCAGCUUCAGAGGCCCACAUCUCACUCAGCGUUAUGACCAAACAAGAGAAGGAAGAAGUGCGGACCGGUUAGGUCACCGCUUUCCUUUACUUUGACUCUGGAGAACGUUUUACAUCAAUUCAUGCUUUAUGAAAAAUAUAAAUGAUUACAAAAAGACAGUGAGCUAAAGACUUUUGCUAUAUUGUUGCAUAAUGUAAAGCAUUUGGUUGUGGCACCCACCUGCUUCAGCCUGCUUUCUGUAACACACUUAACUGUGAAUCUGUUAACAUUUGUACAGAUUGUAUACCUACUGUAUGUACCUAAAAUCAUAUUGUUGUAAUAUUAACCAAUAACCUGCAGCCAUUUCGCAAAAUAUUCAUGUAGCAUGGUCUUAAUUGUAUUUUAUAUUUUCCAAGCUGUUAAUAGUAAGGAUAGAGAACCCCGUCUAUAUUUCAUUCAAUAAAGGUAGAGAAAAUUGCUCUGCA